AUGGCACAACUCCUCUUCCUUCUCUAUACAAUCAAUAUGGGUUUCCUUCAUUUGCCCACGGAACUGCUUUAUUGGAUAGCAGACGAACUCGACACAGCGAAAGAUUUACUUGCGCUGUCAUGCCUCACUAAAGAAACAAAUCUUGUUCUACUGCCCCAUCUGUACAGAUUCAACGUAAGACAACAACGCAGUUCUGCAUUGUUUUGGGGCGCUCUCCAACGCAAUUCAGAAUUUGUGGGAAAGAUGUUGGGUCAUUACCAAGCGAACGCCAACACAACAGAUGAUCAAUCUCGCACACCCGUCUUUUAUGCUAUUGACGCUGAGAACGAGCCAACUAUUCGCCUGCUCCUCUCCGACAAGAGAGCAGAUAUCAAUCAACAAGAUCAAUCUAUGCAGACUCCACUAGUAUACGCCAUAGCUAAGAAACGUUCAUCCGCCGUCUCACCUCUCCUGGAAUUCGACCCAUGUCUGGAUAAAAGGGAUGACAAACAACGGUCUGCUAUCUGGUAUGCCAUUCACAAUCGUGACACAAAACUGGUGCAACUCCUUCUGGCGAAGGGAAGUGAUAUACGAACGCCAGACAAGGGAGAUGUUUCACCAAUUAAACUUGCCAUUACCAAGAAAUACCUUACGAUCACCCGAAUGUUACUCCGCCAUCCAGAUCCAAGCACAGGAAAGUCUUUACUAGAAGAUAUCAAUGCAAUAGACAAUCUGCUCGACGAGGCUAGAGAAGUAUAUUUCCGAGAUAUCAUCCUGCUUCUGAUUGCCCAUGGUGCAGAUCCAAAUACGAGGCAUCCUUCUGGCUGGAGCGUGCUACAUCAAGCUACAGAAAACCAGGACAGCAAGAUGAUUCAAAAUCUGCUGAUCCAUAGAACGGCAGUCGUCAACGCGAGAGACGGGUGCAACCGUACCCCCUUUCAGGUCGCGGCAGACGUCAAUGCGAGAGACGGGUGCAACCGCACACCCUUUCAGGUCGCAGCAGAAUAUGGCUACAGGUCGAUUACGGGGCUCCUCCUGACCUGCCCUGACAUGGAUAUCAAUGCUAGAGAUUCUAAUGGAGCAACAGCACUCUGCUUAGCUGUGGAGAAGGGACAUACAAAAAUAGCUCAGCGCAUUCUUACAGAGGACCAUGUGAAUAUCAACGUGGCAAAUAAACAUGGCGAGACAGCGCUUCAUUGGGCGACGAAGAUGCAUAAUAAACCGAUCACAGCUGCCCUUCUCGACAAUGAUGAUCUUGAUCCUAAUGCUCUUGAUGACCAACAAUGGCCGCCCCUCGCCUACGCUGCCUAUAAUGGCAAUUUAUGCCUGGUGGAACUAUUCCUCGCAGGAACCCGAGUGAACGUGCCACGGGCCAAGCCACUAUUCCAUGCUGCCCACAUGGGCCAUGUAGGCGUUGUACGUCGAUUACUCUGCCUUGAUGCCAUCAACAUCGAUCAGCAAUACGAUAAUGAAUCACCUCUCUGUGCGGCAUCCGUGAGGGGCCACCUUGAAGUUGCAAGACUCCUGCUUGAACACACCACCCGACCCGACAUCAACUUCCGAACUUACAUGGGACACACUCCCCUUUCUUUGGCGGCUUCCCGUGGAAAUUUGACUGUUGUCGAUCUCUUGCUUAAAGAAGAAGGACUGGAUUUUGCUAGGGAUGACUUUGAGGAGACAGCAUUAUGCCAUGCAGCUCGGAAUGGAUAUGAAGAGGUCGUCAGCCGUCUUUACCAGGACCCUCGGGCACGUAAUAGCAGCGAUGUGAAGCGCGCCAUUGAAGUGGCUUCUAACUUUAGGAUCACAUCUGUUCUUCAAGGUUACAAGAAUAAGCAUGGAUGA